CAGAGGCAGACAGAGAUGAAAUAUUGCAUAGGAGAAAGAAAUUAUUUACCCCAAUAUAAUAAUAAAAUAAUAGGUGGCAGACUAUCUCAUCGCAGUGCAAAGGCGGCGAUGGCGUCGUCGCCGUCGUGGUUACAAUCGUUCGUCUCUCCCGGUCUAAUAGCCCUCUCUAAACGCCUCCGCAUUCACGGUUUACCAUUGGUUAAUGUAUUCAAUGACAUGAUUAGUAAAGAUGAUUUGAGAAGUCCGAUAGUGGUGGAGGACGAUGAUGCCAGUUGUAGUAUGGAGUCGUUACCGAGUCUUGAAGAAGUGGAAAAGAUUAUAGGGUAUAGUUUUAAGAACCAAAGCUUAUUGCAGCAAGCCUUUACACACCAGUCGUAUCAACAUAAGUGUGAAUCGUAUGAGCGGCUUGAGUUUGUUGGUGACUCUGUGCUUAACCUUUUGAUCACUCGACAGCAGUUUAACAUGUAUCCAAAUCUUCCUCCGGGGAUGUUGUCUCCACUUCGUUCUGCUAAUGUUGACACAGAGAAGCUAGCACGUGUGGCAAUUAAGUAUGAUUUACUUAAGUAUUUACGGCAUAAUAAUCGCAAACUCAGUCAACAAGCCAAAGGUUUUCAUAAGGCUCUUUCAAAGUAUCCUUUUCAUUCCUAUGGACUAAUUGAUCCUCCAAAGGUACUAGCUGAUAUUGUUGAAUCCACGAUAGGUGCCGUAUACAUCGACAGCAACUCUUCAAUGGAUAUCACAUGGGAGGUUGCCAAGGAUUUGCUCCAGCCCAUGAUUACUCCAGAAAUGAUACAGGAAAAUCCCAUAAAGAAGCUUCAGGAGAUCUGCCAGAAACAAAGACUAAAGGUACGGUUUAAAGAUCUAUGGUUAAAGAAAGGGACUUUUGAAGUCUACGUUGACGAUCAGCUAAGAGGAAAGGGCGAGUACAGAGCCAAGAAAGAGAUUGCUUUGAACAGAGCAGCAAAUGAUGCAUACAAUGACAUUGCAAGGAGUAUUUGCAUUGAAAAUGAGACUGGAAAGUAACAUUUCCGGGAACUUCUAAGAAUCAGCUAAAGUCAAGUAGGUUGAUGUAUCGAAAAAAUAUCUACCAGAGUUGGUAUAGGCAGAAAUUAAUAAUGAGACUUUGGUGAUGUCCCAAGAAUUAUAUUUGGGUGAGAUUUUUCUUUUUGGAGAAAUGUUGAAUUUGCCGAAAAUUGCAUAGCGAUCCUUCAAACAUAUGCAAUCAUAUUAUCCUUCAAAAGUUAUGUAGCAAAUAGCAAUACAUUCUUAAUAUGUAAGACAACAGCUUGUUAAUGGCUAAUCAGUUUAUGAACACAAGUUGUAUA